GACCCGGGAUCCCCAAGACCCCGGUUCUUUUAAGCCUCCAACCCGACAGCGAUUUAAAACAAAUAAUCAAACAAAAGAAAGUUUUUUUAAAAAAAUCCCACAACCCUUCCCGGGUUUUGAUGAGAUUUUUUUUGUCUCUCGUGAUUUCGAUUUCAUCCACAUUUCAGCAGAUUUCUUUUCAAAGGCCGCGUUCUUCGUUCAUGAUGCCUGCGCCCUCGUUCUCAGUGGGAUAUUGUUUUGCCUGUGGCACCGCUUAAAAGAGCAUGCACAUGCACCUAUAUACACACCAACCCACGGACAGCCUUCUUCCCUAGCCUUGUCGUCCUAAAUCGAGGAGCCCUUAUUUUAAGUUUCAGGUAGACAGAAACUCUUAACACCCUUUAAUUGCCCUGAAGGGCCUCUUUCACCAGUCAACGGUUGGUGAGAUACUUCCCUCAAAAGACAGACACAGUCAAGAAUCGGUGUCUUUGAACCACACACACAAGCAAGCACCCAAGAAAUGCCAGCUCAGUCUUGGAAGCAGCUUCGGAACAAAGGUGGCAAAAGUACACCCCUGCAAAGUCAGCUGCUCUGUUAAUAAUUUCACUGGGUAUGGACCAUGGGAUGCUCUCUGGUUUUAUCAUGAUCAAAAACUUCUUUCUGCUCUGCGUUUCCAUGAAUUUAGCCAGUCACUUUGGCUUCUCACAAAUGCCUACAGCAUCUGGGAAAUAUGAGACCAAUGACAACAUCACCAUCUUCACCAGGAUUCUGGAUGGUCUCCUGGAUGGAUAUGAUAACAGACUUCGCCCAGGCCUGGGAGAGAGAAUAACAGAAGUGAAGACAGAUAUUUACGUCACUAGUUUCGGUCCAGUGUCAGACACCGAAAUGGAAUAUACUAUUGAUGUGUUUUUCCGACAAAGCUGGAAAGAUGAAAGGCUUCGGUUUAAAGGGCCAAUGGAACGUCUCCCUCUUAACAAUCUCCUUGCCAGUAAGAUCUGGACCCCAGACACUUUUUUCCAUAAUGGAAAAAAAUCUAUCGCCCACAACAUGACUACACCCAACAAGCUUUUGCGCCUCAAGGAUGAUGGGACCCUUCUGUACACAAUGAGACUGACCAUUUCUGCUGAAUGUCCCAUGCAGCUUGAAGACUUCCCCAUGGAUGCCCAUGCUUGUCCAUUAAAAUUUGGAAGCUAUGCUUAUCCCAAUUCUGAAGUGAUCUAUGUGUGGACUAACACCCCAGCAACAUCUGUUGUGGUAGCAGAGGAUGGUUCUAGGCUUAACCAGUAUCACUUGAUGGGACAAAGUGUAGAUUCAGAAAACAUCAGUACCAGUACAGGUGAAUACACAAUCAUGAGAGCACACUUUCACCUCAAAAGAAAGAUUGGUUAUUUUGUUAUCCAGACUUACCUCCCGUGCAUUAUGACGGUGAUCUUAUCCCAGGUAUCAUUUUGGUUAAACAGAGAAUCUGUUCCGGCUAGAACAGUCUUUGGAGUCACUACGGUUCUUACCAUGACCACUUUAAGCAUCAGCGCCCGCAACUCUCUACCCAAGGUGGCCUAUGCUACUGCUAUGGAUUGGUUCAUAGCCGUGUGCUAUGCUUUUGUCUUUUCUGCAUUGAUUGAGUUUGCCACCGUCAACUAUUUUACAAAGAGAAGCUGGGCCUGGGAUGGCAAGAAAGCUCUGGAGGCUGCAAAAAAGAAGAAGAAAGAACGAGAAUUGUUAGCAAAGAAAGCCAUUAAUGCUUAUGCUGCUGGAAGGAUGACACCCACGUUAAACCUACCAAAGGACUCCAGCCCUUCAGUCAUUUCCCACACAGCUGCUUCUGUUCCAGUAAAACCUGUUGAAAAGCCAACUGAAAGCAAAAAGACCUAUAACAGCAUCAGUAAGAUUGAUAAGAUGUCCCGAAUAGUUUUUCCCGUCUUGUUCGGGACUUUUAACUUGGUCUACUGGGCCACUUAUUUGAACAGGGAACCAGUUAUUAAAGGUGCUGCUUCUCCAAAAUAAACGGAAGUGCUUUCCAGCUCAAGUGUUAGCCAUACUUGCAAAAACAAACGCUACCGAAGAGAAUUUUGAGGUUCCAGAUGACUCGCUCUACCUUUGGUCAAUAUCCUUCAGGAAGUUUUUGCAUGCUUAACGAUAAUGUACAAAAAUUAUUCUUGCCUUGAUUUGUUUCUACAUGUAACCUCAGAGAUGUUUCUGACAAUUACUGGCAGCAGACACACAUCUUUCCAGGACAGCCAAAGACCUGGGACAUGGCUUCUGUGCUGCUGAGUACCUUGCAUCGAUAGUUUACAAAUGAAAUAGGGUAUAUUUUUAAAACUGUUUAGGCAUAUUGCAUAGCGGCCGUUUUUUAUACUUCGAAUGUACAGCGAUGCCCAUAGAUGGAGACUGUGGACUUUGUCGUGGCGGGAGCCUUUAUGCAAGCUGUUUCAGAAUUUGUCAUUGCUGGAGCAUUCUGGCUAGGAACUAGAACACCGUCAGCCCAGAGCUUCCACCCACACAUGGAUGUGUAACAUCUCUCAGUAGCAGGAUUUAGGAGUUAGUGGCAGACUGCACACAUGGACACUGCUUCCUUGAUCAUUUAGAUGAGCAAAACAAGUCACCAGAUCAAAUACUACAGGAACAGUUUUCAUUUUCGCCAAACUAUCAUCUCAUAACAUAGCCCUUUUCAAGGCAUCCACACUGGGAAUCUCUGAAAACUGUGGCAGACCUUCUGCCCCCAAGCUAUAAUGCAGAAGACUGGCUGCAUGAUCAGUAGCCUGUGUUGCUGAAUAUUAUUGGCUCUGAUGGAAAACAUAAUGUGUCAUCCCAAUGGUCCCUGUAAUGUGGGCAUGCACAGCCUUGUAUCAGAAGGGAGUAAGGAAUUGUAUGCCAGCACAUACAUAUACCUGCACUCUGCUGCUCCGCUGUCCCCUUGGUCUUCCAUACAUUUUGAGGAAGAUCAUGUUCUCGUCACUCUUCCGCCAGCUUCAGCUGUCACAGCAUGAACUCAGCACUAUAGAGUUCUCUGCCAAUAACUAGCUGAACACCUCUGAGAAGACAUUUUGGCUUCUAGAAGGAGAAUGCUUCUCAAUUGGCAUCUAGAAGAUGCUUUGGCUCCUGCACUCAAAGGGAACCUCCUAGGACCUGCUUGGCCUGGUUAGAGGGGUGAUUAGCAAUGGGUGGGAGUGCACAAGUAGCAAGCAGGAAGGCCAAAACACUGCAUCCUAUGAACAGCUGGAUGGGAGAAAUAGACGACACCACAUGUUCUGUUACAUUUACCCAUGAGAGCAGUGUCAGCACGGCUUGGCCCAGGCUGUAGUAACUGUAGACCAAUUCCAGCUGAUGUUGUUGAGUGAUGAGGUAUCACGCAGUGUGCCUUUCUAUGGAAUGGGCCCAUGAUUUAGUCCGAGUGGACACAUGCAUGCUAGAGAGUUCCAUAGGUAGUAAACUGUCUCCAGACAUAAGCCAUAUCAUCUGGUUUGCAUCAUAUGUUUCAGCAAUUGUCCCAUCUAUCUCGAAGAGUCAAGUUAAAUUCCAAAUCUAAUGCCAAAUCCCCACCCCAUGACCUCAGAAGACUGAGGCUGCUUCAGGCUCUGGGAAUUCAAAGCAGUGGUGGCCUUAACCGAGCCUUGCACUCAAAAUACAGAAAUGAAGGUAGCCAACUCAUUUUCCACUCAAGAGAGGAAAAUAGUACCUUGCUUUGAAUAUAUUGAAGAAAGCAGACCACUUUUUCUUGUUUCUAAUGGCAAGGCUAAUGAGGGCUUUGAGUUGUUAUGGUUAGAAGCUUGCAUCUUCUUCAGCUUCCAGGAUUGUUUUUUCUUCAAACCCACAGAGUGCCCACAGCUGACCUAUAUUUUUCUCCUUAGGUCUUCCCAACCUCUGCCAAGAAAUCCCACAUUCUGUAAACAAGGUCAAGCAGUGUGCACAGCAGGGAAGCCAAUCUUAUGUAAUUUAAUAAGCUGACUAGUUUGCUGGUGUAUUUCAUUUGAUGUUUGAUUGUAGCAUUAUCCGAGGAUCUCAUUGUAUUUCCUGCAUUAUUUAUUUUUACUGUAUUUUAAUACCUUCCUCUCUCUUCUUUCUCAUAAACACUCAAAAUGAAAUGCUGUCUCCAAACCUUCAUAAAACACAGUACCCCACAAUCAAUAUGCAAAAUCAAUAAAAAUCUGCCAUCUAGUUUGAUAGCAUAGCAGAAAAGAAAACAGUACUAUUUUUGCAGCAAUGUCACUGCAGUGUAGAACAGCAGUAAUUGUUCAGGGACUAAAUAGCAGAGCAAUCUGCCUGUGAUCCUGCUGUACACUGAAUACGGUCUUACCCAACUGUGUUUCUCCUACAUGUAUUCCACUGUAAAUCCCAGAAUCCCCUGUGCCAUGUUGGCUGGGAAUGAUGGUAGGUGCAAUCCAGCUGGUCUGCAGACUGCAGGUUGGGAAAACUGUUUGAAAGCUUCCAAAUUUGUGUGUAUAUGUGUGUGUUUUUUUAAAAGUAAGAUUUUACCAAUGUACUAGCUUGCUAAAAGGGGAUCUGAAUUAUGUGACAAACACACACUGACAAAAUCAUAGCUUAUUUAAUGUUUUGAUUCCCCUCCCUUGUUUCUAAGGAUUUUGGUUUUCCUGCUCAAAAAAUUUAAGAUUUGCUUUUCGCAGGAACAGACCUUGUGCAGAAUUCAUAGAUCUUUUGCAAGGCUAAGCAAAAGUAUGCUCUCUUCUUCCAUCCAGUAUAGCAGAAAGGAAAGAUUUCCCCAUCUUUAGUCACAGUGAACACAAUUCCCCAGGGAUCUCUGUACAGAGAAUUCCAGCUGAAGCAGAGACAGGCCAUUGGUUUUCUCUCUCAUGCCAUUACAGUUGCAUUUACGCAAGAGAAAGUUCUUGGUUGGAGGGCUCGCAUUCCGCAGAUGAUACCCUUGGCCCCUAUUACCAACUGUUGUGAAAAACUGGGACGACAAUAUUCAUGGAGUUAUUUUAAAAUGCAUUUGCAGAGACUCUGGUUUAUGGAUUACUUGACUAAUAAGGCUACGGCAUGUUUAUUAGGAGUGGUAGGAAUUUUUCAGGGAAAUCAAGACUUCUGUUCAAAUUCAAGCUUCUUUUCUCACACUAAGACAUCACUGUGCAAAGUUUGAGACAUGAAUUUGCAUGAGACUAUCCUUUAAAAGAAGAAUAGAUCGAAGUGUGCCCAACAAAACAGUGGCUCCUCCGUUUUCAUUACCGUAACAUUUUUUCAUAGAGUGAACCUCCUGAGGGAACAACAAAUGCCGCUUAAAUCUUGGUUUUCUGUUUCCAUGAGAUAAAGACACAGUUAAAGAGACAGAAGAGAUAUUCUGCUUCAUCAAAGCCAACGUUUUCCAGUGAUUGUCAAUAUUUUCUUUGGUACCCUGCCUUUUGGAAACUUUUAUUGAUGCCAAAAUGGUUUGCUUCAUUUGGUGGAUGAUUGACAUUACAUCCCAUUGAACUCAAGGGGGCUUACCUUUGAUUAGCCAGGCACAGGGUUGUUUUGCCAGGCUGCAGCCCUGUGCCCACUAAUUUGGGAGUGAAUGCUGUUAAAAAUAAACAGCACCUACUUUUGUGUCAUCAUAACAUGCAUGUGUAAUUUGAGUUACAGUAUUUUCAGCAUUUCUCCCCUGCAUACAUUCAUUGCUUCAGUAGCUUUUGUAAUUUUAUCUUAAUGUUUAAAUUAAAUAAUACAUUUGAUAGCCA